AAACAAAAACCCCUUUCCUCGUUUAACCCUAAAAUCCCGUUCUACGCCAUCUUCAACGCUAUUCUUUUCGAGAAAGCAGCUCAAUGUGAUUCUUCCUGACAAAGCAACGGAGGAAUUUUCGACGGAAAAUCCCAGUGAGAUUAAGAAGACCGAGCUGUCCAUCUACAAUCCAACUGCAGGAAAGAAAGGGAAAAAAAAGGAGAGGAAAAGAACUCCAUCCUAAAACACAGGUACGAAAAAGCAAAAGCCUCAUUAAAAUUGUAUCCUUUUCUCUUCUUGAACAUGAAGCAAGAAGAAGUAAACCGCUGCCAAAUCCAAGAAUGGUACCCUAAAUUCAAAUCUCUCUCCAUCAAAACUCUAAUCCAUGAGCUCCCUGAAUCCUUUGUCAGUUACCUUCUAGAAGAUUCCAAACCCUUCCUCCUCCCACUUUCUAUUUCCGGUGAUGAUGCCCUACCCCGCAGAAACCCCAACUCAUACGAUGAUGAUGAUUACAAAGAAGAUUUUGAACAAGAUUCUGAAGAAGAAUCUCUGAAAGAUUCUGAGGAAGUAUCUCCAUCCCCGCCUUGCUUCCCAGACCUUGAAUCCCAAAUAAAAGAUUCCAUUGAAACCCUCGGUGGUGCCGUUUUUCCCAAGUUGAAUUGGAGCUCACCGAAGGAUGCAGCUUGGAUCGCCAUGAGUGGCACUCUCCGUUGCAGUUCCUUUGCCGAGAUCGCUCUCCUAUUGAGAUCAUCUGACAGUGCCGUCCAUGACCUUUGCCACGCAUAUGAUUCCUGCAUGGACAAGACUUCCUCGCGCUCACCUCGGUUCUUUCUUGCCCUCCGGAAAUGGUACCCUUCCUUCCACCCCGAGAUGGAAUUCCGUUGCUUCGUUCUCGACCAACACCUUGUCGGCGUCUCUCAGCGUGAGGUCACUGGAUUCUACCCUGUACUACUCGAGAAGAAAUCAGAUCUCGAACUAUUGAUUAGAGAAUUCUUUGAGGAGAAUGUGCAGUUGGGAUUCGAAUCGAAGGACUACACCUUCGAUGUAUAUGUUACAAAGGAUAGGCGAGUGAAGCUCAUGGAUUUCAAUCCUUGGGGGGCAUUUACGCUUCCUCUACUGUUUACUUGGGAUGAAUUGGAGAAUUUUCGGAAAGAGAGAGGUGAGCAUGUUGAGUUCAGGAUUGUUGAGAGUCAGUGCACAGUCCGCCCUGGGUUGAAGACCACGGUUCCAUACGAUUACUUGGAUACAAGCCCAGGGAGUGGUUGGGAUCAGUUUCUGAGGAGAGCAGAUGAGGAAUUGCAGAGGCAGGCGAAAUCUCCAGAAGCUGGAGCCUGAGGAUUUGUUUGCUCCAAUGAGCAGUAUGGAAAUAGAAAUUGAAAAUCCAGGAAUUUUUCGUUAAGAUCUCUCUAGCGAAAAAGAGUGGUUACCACCAUCAGGUUGCUUCACUGGCACACCCAUUGCAAUGGCCAUUCCUUUGUUACAAUUCAAUAUAGAGGACAUGAUCAAAAUGGAGGUGAGGCCAUUUUAUGUCAUAAUGAUGACCAGUCCUUUGUUACAAUUCCUCACAUUUCAAGUUAAGACUUGAAACAAUCUGAGUUUUUGCUAUUAAAGGAAAAAAAAAAAAAAAA